AUGGACGCCAACGCGCACGCGCUGUACAAACCGAGAAACACCAGGAAAGUCUUGGCAAAAGCUGCCCGUGCAUGGAAGCACCACACAGUGCCAGCGCAUUGCAACUGUUUCCGUACUUCGACCUUGGCUGCCGAGAAGCGGCUGCUUGAUGGUUGUGAGAACAGCCAAGUCAGUGCUCGGGCUGGCUCAAUGAAUGAAGACGAGGCACUGGGACGAUUGAAUUUUAGUAAUGUUGAGUCGCGACCAGAGUUGGAUCAGCAAGCCCUGGAUCUCUCCAGCGGCCGUUUCAGCGAGAGCAGCCCCGAGAGAUUUCGGCACCUAAAGGUUCUGCUGCUGUCAGGAGCGCCUCUGGCAACGGAGGAUCUGACCAAGGUGCUGAUGUGGGCUCCAUCUCUGUGGAAACUGGACGCCAGCUAUUGCAGUCUGGCUGCCUUGCCCGAACUUGAGCUAUGGCAAAGGAUGUCGAACAUCAAGAGCCUGCUACUGCACAAGAACCUCCUGGCCAAGUGGCAAGAUGUGGAGUGUGCAGCUUCCCCUGGAAAUCUGGAAUGGCUGACAUUGUAUGGGAAUCCCAUCACCAGCCAACCUGAAUACCAGACACACGUCCUCAGCGUCGCCACCACUCUGAUCGCUUUGGAUCUUCGCGUCCUGACGGAUGAGGAGCAUUUGGCCGUAACGGAGACCGGGGCGGAACGGAGGCCUGCUGGAAAUGCCACUGGAAGCUUCCGGCGCUUCGCAGCCAACAGCGAGGCCAGUGCCUUUCUCUUUCGAGAGAAACCACCAGAGAGUUUUCUGCCUCCCCAAGAGCUCUUGCGAGAGGCUGCGGACGAGCUUCGACAACUCUAUGGGAAAUCCGCUCAAUGCAGUGCUGCCUUUGCAAUUCAGGGUGGCUGGAGGGUGUACAAGGCACGCUCAUUAAAGUUCAGUCUCAGCGAGACGCAAAGGAUCAGCGCCAUCAGGCUGCAGAAAUGUGCGCGGAAGUUCCUGUGGAAACGGGCAAUGCAGACGUAUGUCGAGAAGUUCCUUGCAGAAGAAGAAGGUCUGGAUUUGCUGCUGAGUGCACAGGAGAUGCUGACUCUGCGGGCUUCUAAACUCAUUGAGUUGUCCGUUCGGCGAUGGGUCCGGCGUCGCAAGAAUCGCCGCACCGUGCGGGAGGCAGCGACGAUCAUUGCCCGAAAUGUCAAGGGACACUUGACUCGGUGCAAGCUCUUGCGAAAGUUUCUAAAGCUGGACACGUACCGGCGAAUUUACUUCCCUGCAUCCUGCACUUGGGAAGCAAUUGUGCUGCUGAACGUUGCGCGGGCCGCGUGUGAUUUGUCGCCGCUGCCACGGGAGCAUCAGUUUGAGGCUGCAGAUGUGAUGGCUAUCAGGAUGGUCGACUCCAGCGAGAUGCCCCGAAGCAAAUCGGAGGUCUCGAGACUGCUGGCCUUCAGGAACUUCAGCUUGCUGAGGCCCUGCCACAGUCGUCGCUACCCCAGCCACUUGUGGGACGGUCCAUUUCACCGACUGGUUCCUGGUGGAACUCCUCAACGCUUCUUGGAGGCCUACGGCCGUGUGCGACGCCGGGCAGCCAAUGUCGACAACAUUUGCCGGAAGGUGUUUUUGGCUUCCUGUGCCUGCGGUCCGCAUCCGAUCGUGCGGGAUGCACCCUACGAGGAAGGUCCUUUCGUUGUGCGGGAGACCAAAGCGCCCGACUUUCGAGAGCUUUACACCUUCGGUAGAUUGCUGGGUGAAGGGGAUUUUGGCAUCGUCUACACUUGCGAUGUCAAGCUGGGUGGCUCUGCUUGGGAUGAGGAGUUGACCCGGGAAGCUGAGGCAAGACAGCGAGCCGAGGACACUGCUAAAGACGCCGAAGCAACAAGCGAUGGGAAGGCGAGCUGUUAG